GCUGCGCGUAGAGCCGAACACCUAGCAGCGACGCGGCGUUACGGGGGUAACUGCUGUCUUCCUGUGUGCACGGUUCCCGGUAAGAGCAGGAUGGCGGUGUUGUCGGGGCAGAAGCGCCGGUUACCGGCAGCGCUCGUGCUUCUGCUGUGUACAGGCUGGUGCUCGGCGUUUUAUCUUCCGGGUCUGGCUCCUGUAAGUUUCUGUGAAGAGGGAAAAGAGAAGGAGAACUGCAAGUCUCAGAUUGAGCUGUUUGUAAACCGUCUGGACUCUAUUGAGUCUGUUCUUCCAUAUGAGUAUGAUGCCUUUGACUUCUGCACGGAUAAAGAUGAGAAGCAUCCUUUAGAAAAUCUUGGCCAAGUGCUUUUCGGCGAAAGAAUUGCAUCGUCCCCGUACAAGUUUACAUUUAACAAGAAUGAGACCUGUAAGGUAGUCUGCCAUAAGGAUUAUGACUCUAAGACUAAUAUGGAUCGUCUUGAUUUCAUUAAAAAAGGAAUACAGCUUAAUUAUCAGCAUCACUGGAUUAUAGAUAACAUGCCGGUGACCUGGUGUUAUGUUGUGGAGGAUGGCCAGAAAUACUGCAGCCCUGGAUUUUCAGUAGGAUGUUCAGUCACCUCAGAUGGGAGAGUGAAAGAUGCCUGUGUUAUCAAUUCUGAAUUUAACAAGAAAGAUACCCUUUACCUGUUCAAUCACGUCGAUAUAAUAAUCACAUACCACAGUGGUAAAGAUGAAAAUUGGGAUGGCGCUCGACUGGUUACAGCAAGGCUUGAACCAAAAAGUUAUAAACUCAAUGGUGAUGAGCAAAAAUGUGAAGGCCCCCCAAUGGAGAUCCCCAAAGAACUCACAAGCAAGCUGAAAGUCACAUACUCCUACUCUGUGUCGUUUCAGGAAAACAAUGCUAUUAAAUGGGCUUCUCGUUGGGAUUAUAUAUUGGAAUCCAUGCCACACACAAAUAUUCAGUGGUUCAGUAUCAUGAACUCGCUGGUAAUUGUCCUCUUCCUCUCCGGUAUGGUGGCAAUGAUUAUGUUGCGAACCCUCCACAAGGAUAUUGCUCGAUACAACCAAAUCGAUUCGUCAGAAGAUGCCCAGGAGGAAUUUGGUUGGAAGUUGGUGCACGGUGACAUAUUUAGACCACCAAAGAAGGGAAUGCUUCUGUCCGUCUUUCUGGGGCAAGGAACACAGAUUUUCAUUAUGAUAUUUAUUACAUUAUUCCUGGCCUGUCUUGGAUUUCUCUCACCCGCUAACAGAGGGGCAUUGAUGACAUGUGCUGUUGUGUUAUGGGUCUUGUUGGGAACCCCUGCUGGUUACGUAUCUGCCCGGAUGUAUAAGACAUUUGGCGGAGAGAGAUGGAAAUCCAAUGUGCUACUGACAGCACUUUUGUGUCCUGGAAUAAUUUUUUCUGAUUUCUUCAUCAUGAAUGUCAUUUUGUGGGCAAAAGGCUCUUCAGCUGCUAUUCCAUUUGGGACACUGGUGGCUAUCCUGGCUAUGUGGUUUGGUAUCUCUGUCCCACUAACAUUCCUGGGAGCAUAUUUUGGAUUCAAAGAGAGAGCAAUUGAACAUCCCGUUCGCACAAAUCAGAUUCCUCGUCAGGUUCCCACACAGUCCUUUUUUACCAAACCGUUCCCAGGUAUUAUCAUGGGAGGCAUUUUACCUUUCGGAUGCAUUUUCAUUCAGCUGUUUUUCAUUCUGAACAGCAUUUGGUCUCAUCAAAUGUACUAUAUGUUCGGUUUCCUGUUUCUGGUUUUCAUUAUACUCCUGAUAACUUGUUCAGAGGCUACCAUCUUGCUUUGUUACUUCCAUCUAUGCGCAGAGGAUUAUCAUUGGUGGUGGCGGUCCUUCCUAACGAGCGGAUUCACUGCUGUUUACCUCUUCAUCUAUGCCGUUCAUUAUUUCUUCUCUAAGCUUCAAAUCACAGGAGCUGCCAGCACCAUUUUGUACUUUGGGUACACAAUGAUCAUGGUUUUAAUUUUUUUCCUGUUUACGGGCACCAUUGGCUUUUUUGCAUGCUACUGGUUUGUCAGGAAAAUAUACAGUGUGGUAAAAGUGGAUUAAUCAAGACCUGCAGUGAAUAUGACUCUAUAACUAAGAAGAUACUACCUUUUUAAAGACUUGGAGCAUAUUGUGGGAUGGCACAAUGUAGAGACUUACUUAGACAAGCUCUUUGGGAGACUGUUUACAGCGUUCCGUCAUGUGCUCUUCCUCAUCAACAUUGUAUUUUAUUUUUUAUUUUUUUCCUUUUCAUCGCCGUUUGCUGUAAAUACACAAGUGUGAGCCGCAGAAUGUUGUUGAUGGAUUCAUUCAGCAAUGAUUGGUGUGUGUGUUUUUCUUUUGGCCAUGACCAGUAAUAAAAAUCAUGGCUGACCAUGACGUUGUUUGAUAUCCCACAAUGCUUUUAAGGCAGUCUAUAAUUUUUGCUCCUGUGCCUUCCAGACAUUAUAAUAUGUCAGGAUUAUUUGUACAAAGCAUCUUUAUGUUCUCCUCAUACUGUGAGUUUGGGGAUGUUUUUAAUUUAAUAAGAUCUGUUCAUUUUAUUAUUUUAUUGUUAACCUAUUCUAUCAAGUCGCCACUAGCUGCUGAGCAUUUCAAUGUUUGCCAGAAAGUGUCUCGCCUGUAUGUACUAGAAGUGGUGAUACUUCCAGGAACCCCUGGUGGAAAGUAAGGUACUGGGACCCCGAGUUUUCUAGGAAUGACAAACCAAAACAUGUGGCAUGUAUUUUCCAAUCUGUUGCCUAUGUCUUAUCUUGUGCAAUAAAAUUACUAAGACCACAAA